CGGCGGCAGCAGCGGGCGGCGAGGGGCGCCGAGGAGCCGAGCCCGCCGAGCCGGGCGCUCUAUUUCAGCGGGAGAGGGGAGCAGCUGCGCCUCCGGGCCGAUCUGGAGCUGCCCCGCGACGCCUUCACACUGCAAGUGUGGCUGCGAGCGGAGGGGGGCCAGAAGUCUCCAGCCGUGAUCGCAGGACUGUAUGACAAAUGUUCUUAUACCUCACGUGACCGAGGAUGGGUCGUGGGCAUUCACACCAUCAGUGAUCAAGGCAACAGAGACCCACGCUACUUUUUCUCCUUGAAGACAGACCGGGCCAGGAAAGUGACCACCAUUGAUGCCCAUCGCAGCUACCUGCCAGGCCAGUGGGUAUACCUAGCUGCUACCUACAAUGGGAGACAGAUGAAGCUCUAUUUGAAUGGUGCCCAGGUUGCAACCUCUGGGGAGCAAGUUGGUGGCAUAUUCAGCCCACUGACCCAGAAGUGUAAAGUGUUCAUGUUGGGGGGCAGUGCUCAAAAUCACAACUUCAGGGGCCACAUCGAGAACUUCCGUCUAUGGAAGGUAGCCAGAACACAGAGAGAGGUACUGUCUGACAUGGAAAGCCAUGGCCUUCACACCCCUCUACCUCAGCUCCUCCUCCAGGAGAACUGGGACAAUGUGAAGCGCACUUGGUCCCCCAUGAAGGAUGGUAACAUCCCCCGCAUGGAAUUCAGCAAUGCCCACAGCUUCCUGUUGGACACUAGUUUAGAGCCUCCUCUUUGUGGGCAGACGCUAUGUGACAACACAGAAGUCAUCUCCAGUUACAACCAGCUCCCAAGUUUCCGUCGCCCUAAGGUGGUACGCUAUCGUGUGGUCAACAUCUAUGACGAUGACCAUAAGAACCCAACGGUGAGCCUGCAACAGAUCGACUUUCAACACCAGGAGCUGACUGAGGCCUUCCAGCACUACAACAUCUCCUGGGAGCUGGAGGUGAUGGACAUAAACAGCUCCUUUCUGCGUCAUCGCCUCAUCCUCGCCAACUGUGACAUCAGCAAGAUUGGGGAUGAGAAAUGCGAUCCUGAAUGCAACCAUACACUGACCGGCCAUGAUGGUGGGGACUGCCGCCAGCUGCGCUACCCUGCCUUCAUGAAGAAGCAACAGAAUGGCGUGUGUGACAUGGACUGUAACUACGAAAGGUUUAAUUUUGAUGGUGGAGAGUGCUGUGACCCAGACAUCACUGAUGUCACUAAGACAUGCUUUGAUCCCGAUUCUCCACACAGAGCCUACUUGGAUGUUAAUGAGCUAAAGAACAUUCUUAGAUUGGAUGGAUCAACACAUCUCAAUAUUUUCUUUGCAAACUCUUCAGAGGAGGAGUUGGCGGGAGUGGCAACUUGGCCAUGGGACAAGGAGGCCCUAAUGCACUUGGGCGGCAUUGUCUUGAACCCAUCUUUCUAUGGCAUUCCUGGACACACUCACACCAUGAUCCAUGAGAUUGGGCACAGCCUGGGCCUCUAUCACAUCUUCCGUGGCAUCUCAGAAAUCCAGUCCUGCAGUGAUCCCUGCAUGGAGACAGAGCCCUCAUUUGAAACUGGAGACCUCUGCAAUGACACCAACCCAGCCCCCAAACACAAGUUUUGUGGAGACCCUGGACCAGGGAAUGACACUUGUGGCUUUCAUAGCUUCUUCAACACUCCUUACAACAACUUCAUGAGCUAUGCAGAUGACGACUGUACAGACUCUUUCACGCCCAAUCAAGUCUCCAGAAUGCACUGUUACCUGGACCUGGUAUACCAGAGCUGGCAGCCCUCCAGAAAGCCGGCCCCCGUAGCCCUUGCCCCCCAGGUUGUGAGCCACACAACUGACUCUGUGACUCUAGAGUGGUUCCCACCCAUCGAUGGCCACUUCUUUGAAAGAGAAGUGGGAUCAGCAUGUGACCUUUGCCUAGAAGGGAGAAUCCUGGUGCAGUAUGCUUUCAAUGCCUCUUCCCCGAUGCCCUGUGGACCAUCAGGGCACUGGAGUCCUCGGGAAGCAGAAGGUCAUCCAGAUGUGGAACAGCCGUGUAAAUCCAGUGUCAGAACCUGGAGUCCAAACUCAGCAGUCAAUCCACACACAGUCCCUCCAGCGUGUCCUGAGCCACAAGGCUGCCACCUUGAGCUGAAAUUCCAGUACCCGUUGGUCCCCGAGUCUCUGACCAUCUGGGUGACCUUUGUCUCCACUGACUGGGACUCGAGUGGAGCUGUAAAUGACAUCACACUAUUGACUGUCAGUGGAAAGAACAUCUCUUUGGGUCCUCAAAAUGUGUUCUGUGAUAUCCCACUGACCAUCAGACUCCAAGAAGUGAGUGAGGAGGUAUACGGCAUCCAGAUCUAUACUCUUGAUGAACACCUGGAGAUUGAUGCAGCCAUGCUGACUUCCACUUCAGACAGCCCACUCUGUAUGGAGUGUAAACCCCUACAGUAUAAAGUGCUCCGGGACCCUCCUCUUCAGGAAGACAUAGCCUCAUUACUGCACCUCAACAGAAGAUUCGUGGACAUGGAUCUGAAACUUGGGAAUGUGUACCAGUACCAGAUUAUCACGAUUUCAGGAACCAACGAGAGUGAGCCAUCACCGGCUGCCAUAUACACCCAUGGAAGCGGCUACUGUGGUGAUGGCAUUAUCCAGAAGGGCCAAGGGGAAGAGUGUGAUGACAUGAAUAAGAUCAAUGGUGAUGGCUGCUCCCUUUUCUGCCAGCAAGAAGUCUCCUUCAACUGUGUCGAUGAACCCAGCCGAUGCUAUUUUCAUGAUGGAGAUGGGAUGUGUGAAGAGUUUGAACAAAAAACUAGCAUUAAAGAUUGUGGUGUCUACACACCCCAGGGGUUCCUGGACCAGUGGGCGUCCAAUGCUUCAGUAUCUCAUCAAGACCAGCAGUGCCCAGGUUGGGUUGUUAUCGGGCAACCAGCAGCAUCCCAGGUGUGUCGAACCAAGGUGAUAGAUCUCAGUGAAGGAAUUUCCCAGCAUGCUUGGUACCCUUGCACCAUGAAUUACCCAUACUACCAGCUGCCUCAGACCACAUUCUGGCUCCAGACAUAUUUCUCUCAGCCAAUGGUUGCUGCAGCUGUUAUUAUCCAUCUGGUGACUGAUGGGACAUACUAUGGGGACCAAAAGCAAGAGACCAUCAGUGUCCAGCUGCUUGAUAUCAAAGAACAAAGCCAUGAUCUAGGCCUCCAUGUCUUGAGCUGCAGGAACAAUCCCCUGAUUAUCCCUGUGGUCCAUGACCUCAGCCAGCCCUUCUACCAUAGCCAAGCAGUACGUGUGAGCUUCACAUCGCCCCUGGUCGCCAUCUCGGGGGUGGCCCUCCGCUCCUUCGACAACUUUGACCCCGUCACCCUGAGCAGCUGCCAGAGAGGAGAGACCUACAGCCCUGCUGAGCAGAGCUGUGUGCAUUUUGCCUGUGAAGCCACGGACUGUCCAGAACUGACUGUGGAGAAUGCUUCUCUCAACUGUUCCAGCAGUCACCACUACCAUGGUGCCCAGUGCACUGUGACAUGUCAGACAGGUUAUGUGCUGCAGAUACAGCGGGAUGAUGAGUUGAUCAAGAGCCAGGUAGGACCAAGCAUCACAGUGACGUGUACAGAGGGCAAAUGGAACAAGCAGGUGGCAUGUGAGCCAGUGGACUGCGGGGUCCCAGAUCACCAUCACGUCUACGCUGCCUCCUUCUCCUGCCCAGAGGGCACCACUUUUGGUAGAAGAUGCUCCUUUCAGUGUCGCCACCCUGCCCAGUUGAAAGGCAACAACAGCAUUCUGACCUGUAUGGAAGAUGGACUGUGGUCCUUCCCAGAGGCCCUGUGUGAGCUCAUGUGCCUCACGCCACCCCCAGUUCCCCACGCAGACCUGCAGACAGCCAGAUGUCGCGAGAACAAGCACAAGGUGGGAUCCUUCUGCAAGUACAAGUGCAAGCCUGGAUACCACGUGCCUGGCUCUGCUCGGAAGGCCAAGAAACGGGCUUUCAAGACUCAAUGUACCCAAGACGGCAGCUGGCAGGAGGGAACUUGUGUGCCUGUGACUUGUGACCCACCUCCAGCCAAAUUCCAUGGGCUCUACCAAUGCAGUAAUGGCUUCCAGUUCAACAGUGAAUGCAGGCUCAAAUGUGAAGACAGCGACGGUUCCCAGGGCCGUGGGAGCAACAUCAUUCACUGCCGCAAAGACGGCACCUGGAGUGGCACCUUCCAUAUCUGCAGAGAGAUGCAAGGCCAGUGCUUGGCCCCAAACCAGCUCAACAGUAACCUCAAAUUGCAGUGUCCUGAUGGCUAUGCCAUAGGGUCAGAGUGUGCCACCUCAUGCCUGGAUCACAACAGCGAGUCCAUCAUCCUGCCAGUGAAUGUGACGGCGCGUGACAUUCCCCACUGGAUGAACCCUCCACGCGUAGAGAGGAUCGUCUGCACUGCUGGUCUCCAGUGGUAUCCCCACCCUGCUCUGAUCCACUGUGUCAAAGGCUGUGAGCCAUUCAUGGGAGACAAUUAUUGUGAUGCUAUCAACAAUCGAGCCUUUUGCAACUAUGAUGGUGGGGAUUGUUGCACUUCCACAGUCAAGACCAAAAAGGUCACUCCCUUUCCUAUGUCCUGUGACCUACAAGAUGACUGUGCCUGUCGGGACCCUGAAGCCCAAGAACACAGCCGGAAAGACCUUCGGGGAUACAGUCACGGCUAAACAAGGGAGUUGUCCAAUAUUUUCCAACGCCAGGACCUGCAUCCCUCUGGUAUUGAUUUCACAGUCUGCUGCUCAAUGAAAUAGCCUCUCCACACCAGGGAUCCUUAGCACCCAACCGGUCUGCCUUUAAUUUCACCCAGGAAGGACCAACUGCGGGGCAACGAACUGAAUCUCACCAUGUUGAAUGAUGGAAUGGCAUACUAUCCCACAGUCUAAGAUGGAUUACGUACACAGCAUGUAGUCCCAGAGCCUCUGAAAAUUCUAACCAUUUGUCAAAUGACCACAGCCCAAAGCAACAACAACAAAAUCAUGUUUUGCAUCAAGGAGAAUGCACAUCUGUGGUUAGUGCACAUGCAUGCAUACACACCCAAAUAAACAUCUGUGUGAGGGCAGUUUUAGAAAAUAAGCAGAAAACAACUGGAAAAACAAAACAACAACAAAAGCGCAUCUCACUCUUUCCUUUCCCAGGCUUCCAGCCAACACUGUCCUUGGGAGAAAGAGACUACAACAAGGACUGAAAAGCAAAUAUAACUCAGAAUCCAAGUCACAGAAAAUGUAGUGCAUACAUCAUUAUGUAGGGUUUUGAGACCAGAAGUGAAAUGGUUUGUGACUAUGAAUCUUCUAAGGAACUAGGGACCAAGAGUAAGUAAAUAUUCCAAUAUGUGCAAAGCUCCCCAUUUUAUUCUGCUGCCAUGGGAAUUUUGCCCCAACACCAGGGUGUAAUGCCGAGCUGGAAAUGGCUUAGGACUGCAGAGUCCUGUAUUUUAUCAGCUUGCUGCUUGAGGCUUGAGGUCUUCAAAUGCCUUCCAGAUCGACCCAUUCUUCAGAUCUCCCCUUCGGACCACACCUGCUGCUGUUCCUGCUGCUCUGCCCAUACACUGAGUGCUCUUUGGUGGUAGAACUAGUUUAGGACAGACUCCGUAUAGCCAAGUAGACUGCCUUAAAAGUGAUUCAUAUUAUUCCAGAGUUCCUCACUUCUUGGCCCAUCUUCAAGAAAAAACUUUAACAGGCUUAAGUCCUCCUUGAGUGGACUUCUUAUUCUGGAAAAGACUUGAGGGAUAUCAGAUGCUCAAGCCCUUCCUGAGAAUAUCUGAACCAGUGUUAGAUUUUCUAAUCAAGUGGAACAGUGUUAAGCCUGGGGAUGCUGGGGUCACCAGAGGUUGUUGGAAUGCUCAUGAUUUGGGUUAUUAUCCUUGUUUCAGUUUUUCCAGCUCUCUAGGCUACAGCAAGCUUUGGUCUUCAGACUCCCACUAUUACUCUAAGCAGAUGGAGUUCUAAAAUGUCUUGGAUAUGAACAAUGUAGGUGGUAUUCUAGAGGAGGAGAGGAACAUUAAGAAGUUCUGGACAUCCAGACUCAGCACCCAGCACAGUCAGCAUCCUUUUCAUAUAGUUCUCUAGAUGCUAGGACAUCUGUCCACAUUCACUGUUGGUCUCCACUCCUCCUCCUCCCAGAUUUAGUUUUCAAACAUUAAGCAGAAAUGAGUCAGCCAUACAUGGAAGCCAACAAUGUAUGCAGGGCCUCUGCUUUUCUGGUUACCUAUACACAUCCCCUAAAUUAAUAUGGGAAGAGAUUAACACAGGUUGAGGUGUAUAGAGUAGUUAAAUUUGAUAUAAUUUGUGAAACAUGGAGCUGAGAAGCAAGGAGAUGGCAGGAUCUAAAUGAACUGUAUAACUUAAAGAUGACAGGAUAUCAGUUGAUCUCAGGUUUAGUGGGAAUAACUAGUACAAGCAAAGUCUGGAACAGAAUGCAAUUGUCAGCCCAUGCGCAGCCACCCUGCAUCUAAGGCUUCCAUUGUUAAUCUAUCAUGCUCCCCUUUCUACUAGGACCAACAGCAACUCCACAAACUGUGUUUUCAUAUUCUGGACCAAUAGCUUUUUCCUACUGACCAAGAAUAUUUGAAAAGCUAUUUAUUGACCAUCAGUGGUUUGUAAUAUCAAGAAAUGUAUCAAGGUGCUUUUCCCACAGGUGCCCACAAAUAAGGAUACAGUGCUUAGACUGUGCAGCUUGUCCUGUACGAAGCUUGUCCUCUGAAGUUGAAGUCUAAAAUGGAGAGGUGGCCACUGAUGUAAUGGCCAAGCACUUUGGAUCCUCCAAGAGCAUAUUGCAUUUAUACAUAGAGCACUCCCCACUCUAAUUACUAGGACCAAUCCUUAACAAAAUACAAGAACAAUUAACUCUCCAGGAUCCUGAACCUUUUGCCAACCCUUCAGGCCCCUCUCUUGACUAGAUAUGUUGUGUCAGCUUAGAACAAGCUAAAGAUUAGUACAGGACCAGCCCAUCCAACAAUUAUGCCCAUAGGUAGUACAGAAACCACCUAAGACCCAAAACUGACAUUAUUAAUAGGUAGAGUCAUGGAAACCGAAGAAAGAGCAUAAGAAUGUCUGUAAAUCACUCCUCAUCCAAGUCUCUCUUCCCUCCCACUGUUUUCUGUCCCUACUCUCCAGCCGAUUUCUAAAGGCUGGCUCCUCUUUGAAGAUUCAUACAGUGAAGUGGGCCUUUCCAGGCAAAAUCCCAUCUUGUUUUCUUCUUGCUGUCAAUCAAACCUGCUAAGAGCAAAUUCAUAUUUGCUGAGCCUAUUAGAUAAAAGAAGCUACACAACUGGUAGCCUGCCUCAUGCCCACAAGGGAUGUGUAAUUCAGAGGAUCUUCUCUUAGUGCAGGACAUUCAGCUGUAUUUGUGCAAUGCACUGAUUCUCAGUUUCAUUUUCUUCCUGAGAAUAAACUCCCUGUCACAUCCCCUCAGUCAUCUGCUCUCGACAAUGGGGUAAUCAGGAGGAGGCGGGACUGCAGCACUGUUACAGCCACAGCUUUGGGCCCCUAAAGCACUGGGGAGUUCUGCAGCUGAAGAAGUAUCAGGCUGUUAGCUGCAAGGAAGCAGACGAGGUGGACAGUUCUCUAGGCCCCAUCUGGGAAACUAUUCCAAACCGCAACUCACUGUCUGCCCAGAGGACUUGCAGUACCCCUAGAUUUUGUGCCAACAACCUCGUAUGGGAAGUCAGUGUGGGAAGGCAGUCAGUCCUGGGGAAGUCAGUGUGGGUAGGUGAAGAGGGGUGUAAAGCAGAGGAGAGAUUAAUAGUCUUAAAUAGCAGGCUUUUGGAAAGGGAGGAAAUCAGCUGCCGCACUUGGCCUCAGCACACUGGGCCACUGCCGAGACCAUUCUCUGUCUCAUUCCCACUUUGGCCAAUGCUUAAAUGCUAUUUGUUGAAAAUAAUUCUUUGGGACAGAUUUCAGCUACCUCCCUUCCAGGUUUGAUUUAACUUGGCUUUAACUGUCAGUUUGUUAAAGGUCUUACCUGUGUGAUUGUUUUUAAAAAAAUAAGUAGAAAAAGAAAUGAAAGAAAGAAAAG